AAAGAGAGAGCCAAAGCAAAGCAGAGAGAGCCUGCUGCUGUUUGGCAUCUUAUGAUGUCAUCAGAGGAGUACGACGCGGACUGUUUCGGUUUGUAUAGCGAUGAGAGCACAACCGUGCUGCUGAAGGCGGCCGUCGUGGAGCAGCCGCAACCAACACACACAAGCAGCAACGGACAUACGACACCAACACAGGCACAGGCACAGACACAGUCGCACACACAGACACAGUCGCAGAUAAACGGCGGCGACAGCAGCGCCACGGCGAAUUCCGGCGAGAGCAAAAGCGCGGCCGAAAAGGAACAGAAAGAGAAGGAACACACGAACGACUGCGACUCGGACGACUCGGACGACGUCGUGGUCGUGCUCGAAGGCUGCGAAGGCAGCAGCAGCAACAGCAGCAGCAGCAGCAGCACCGCCACAACUCGUAGCAGUCGCAACCAUCGCAGCCCGCGCAGCAGUCGGCAAAUCAUUCACUCUUCGGCCGUCGGCAAGACAACAACGUGCGCGGCUAAAAAAUUGCAAGUGCAAGCAACAGCAACAGCAGCGACAGCCACUUCGAAGACUUUAAACGCGAGCGUCGUACCCGCAUCCGUAUCCGUACUCGGUAGUAAUAGUGCAAGUGGAAGUAAAGUGAAUCGUCGUUCGAGUCACAGAUCCUUGAGCAAAGACAACCAACAACAGACAACAAGCUGCAACAGCAACAAUCAUAAUAGCAACAACGGCGGCACAACGGCAAGCGCUGCUGGCUUCAUGAGUAGCGCUGCUGCGGCCGCUGCGGGUGCCGCUGGUGGAGCCCUGUUCCAACCCCAACCGCAGGCCAGCACGGCCAACACGAGCCCAGCGCAGCUCAGUCUCAAUCCCUCGAGCCACCACCAGUCCGCUGCAAUCGGCGGUGGUCAACAGUCACCCGUAGCCAGCAGUAAUUCUCCGGGCUCCGGAUCUGGAUCCGGCUCGGGCUCCGCCUCGUCACUGCUGACGGCUGCCUUUGGCAACCUGUUUGGCGGCUCCUCGGCCAAGAUGCUGAACGAGCUGUUUGGCCGACAAAUGAAGCAGGCCCAGGACGCGACCAGCGGCCUGCCCCAGAGCCUGGACAACGCCAUGCUGGCCGCCGCCAUGGAGACGGCCACCAGUGCUGAGUUACUGAGUGCCGCAGGCCUCGUUGGCAGCCUCAAUGCCACCUCGAAUGCCACAUCCAAGCUGCUGCUGCAACACAACAACAACAGCAUCCCAGGGAACAGCAGCAGCACGCCGCUGAGCAAUGGUCUAAAUGCCUCGAUCUCCCCGGGAUCCGCGCACAGUUCGAGCCACUCGCAUCACGCCACAUCCUCGCCCAAGGGCGGCAGCAGUCGUCGGGUGUCGGCCUGCAGUGAUCGCUCCCUGGAUGGAGCGGCCUCCGCUGCCGUCUGUGCCGCCGAUGUGGCAGGAGGAUCUCCGCCACGGGCUGCGUCGGUGAGCUCGCUCAAUGGUGGCGCCAGCAGCGGUGAUCAGCAGCUGCAGCACGACCUGGUGGCACAUCACAUGCUACGCAACAUAUUGCAGGGCAAGAAGGAGCUGAUGCAGCUCGACCAGGAGCUGCGCACCGCCAUGCAGCAGCAGCAGAUGCAGCAGCAGGAGAAGGAGCAACAGCAACAGCAGCAACAGCAACAGCAGCUCCACCACACGAAGCUCAACAACAACAAUAACAACAACAGUGUGGCAGCCACGAACAACAACAACAACAUGGAGAGCAUCAACCUGAUCGAGGACACGGAAAUGGCGGACAUCAAGAUCAAGAGCGAGCCACAGACGGUGUCACAACCGCAACAAUCGCCGCACGGCAGCAGCCACAGCAGUCGCAGCGGCAGCGGCAGCCACAGCAGCAGCCACAGCCUGACCAGCGAUGGGAGUCUGCGACGCAAGUCCUCCGACUCGAUGGACAGCUCGGGCGCACGCGAAGAAGCGGAGGCCGAUGGUGAGGACGAGACGGCAGUCAGAGAGAGCAGCGGAGUGGAGGAGCAGCAGCAGCAGCAGCUGCAGCUGACCACCAAGAAGGAGUCCAUCGAGGACAUGCUGGACGAGGCGGAGCUGCUGGGCAUGCACUCGGCACGCGGCUCGGAUCUGGAGUCGCUCGCCUCGCCCUCGCACUCGGAUAUGAUGCUGCUGGACAACAGCAAGGACGAUGUGCUGGAUGACGACGAGGACGAUGACUGUGUGGAGCAGAAGCGCGAUCAGGGCUGCCUCAAGAAGCCCGGCAUGGAGCUGAAGCGUGCCCGCGUCGAGAAUAUUGUCUCUGGUAUGCGUUGCAGUCCCUCCUCCAUUGUGCAGGCGGGACAGCUGCAGGUGAAUGGUUGCAAGAAGCGGAAGCUUUACCAGCCGCAGCAGCAUGCCAUGGAGCGGUAUGUGGCAGCCGCCGCUGGUCUCAACUUUGGCCUGAAUCUGCAGAGCAUGAUGCUCGACCAGGACGACAGCGAGCAGUCGAACGAGCUGGAGUCGCCGCAGAUCCAACAGAAGCGCGUUGAGAAGAAUGCGCUCAAGUCGCAGCUGCGAUCGAUGCAGGAGCAGCUGGCUGAGAUGCAGCAAAAGUACGUGCAGCUGUGCACCCGCAUGGAGCAGGAGUCCGAGUGCCAGGAGCUGGACAAUGACCAGGACGCCGAGCAGGACCUAGACCCAGAGCAGGAGCAAGAACAAGAGCAAGAGCAAGAGCAAGAACAGGACGUGCCCGAGCAGGACAAUGGCAGCAGUGACAACAUUGAGCUCUCGCCCUCCCCCACGCUCACAGGCGGCGACAUCAGUCCCGCCCACAAGGAGGAGGCUGGCGGACAGGAGCGCGCCGGCUCCAGCUCACCAAAGCCCAAGACGGCGCUGAGCGAGAGCGGCGCUCCAACCAGCACCAAUAUGCUCUCCCAAAUGAUGUCCAAGAUGAUGUCCAGCAAGCUGCACAAUCCCAUGGUGGGGCAUCCAGCCCUGCCACAGGGUUUCCCUCCGCUGCUGCAGCACAUGGGCGACAUGUCGCACGCGGCAGCCAUGUAUCAGCAGUUCUUCUUCGAGCAGGAGGCACGCAUGGCCAAGGAGGCUGCCGAGCAGCAGCAGCAGCAGCAACAGCAGCAGCAGCAACAACAACAGCAGCAGCAGGCGCAGGAGCAGCAGCGUCGCUUCGAGCAGGAGCAGCAGGAGCAGCGCCGCAAGGAGGUGCAAGAGCAACAGCAGCAAAUCCAGCGACAGCAGCAACAUUUGCAGCAGUUGCAACAGCAGCAAAUGGAGCAGCAGCAGCAACAUGUUGCCACAGCGCCGCGACCCCCACAAAUGCACCACCCGGCGCCGGCGAGACUGCCCACGCGACUGGGCGGAGCUGCGGCACACAACGCUCUGAAGUCGGAGUUGUCGGAGAAGUUCCAGAUGCUGCGCAACAGCAACAACAGCUCAAUGAUGCGCAUGUCCGGCACGGACCUCGAGGGCCUGGCGGAUGUCCUCAAGUCGGAGAUAACCACCUCGCUGUCGGCACUGGUGGACACGAUCGUGACGCGGUUCGUCCAUCAGCGAAGGCUGUUCAGCAAGCAGGCGGACUCUGUGACUGCGGCAGCUGAGCAGCUCAACAAGGAUCUGCUGCUGGCAUCGCAGAUACUCGACCGCAAAUCGCCGCGCACCAAAGUGGCGGACCGAGGAGGACCCGGAGCACAGAACGGCCCCACGCCGACCACACAAUCAGGUAAUAAUGGUUCACUACUCCUAGCCCCUAGUCAAAUGCCCCCCCAACCGACGCCAGCGGUGGUCGUGGCCAAUGCACAGCAGCAACAGCAGCAGCAGCAGCAACAGCAGCAACAACAGAACGUGCAGCAGCAGCAGCAGCAGAGUGUGGUGCCGCCGCAACAGAAUCCCCAGCAGCAGCAGCAACCGCCGAAUGUGCAACAUCUCCAUGCCAUGCCACCCAAUUGCCAGCAGCUGAUAGCCGCACCCCGCCUCAAUGGCAACCAGCUGUCGUUUGCCUCCCCAGCCGCUGCUGCAGCCGCCGCAAUGGGUCUGCAGAUGCAUCACGCUGCCGCAGCGGCAGCAAUGUCCGCCCAACAGCAGCAGCAGCAGCAGCAGCAGCAACAGCAACAACAGAAUGUGCAACAGCAACAGCAGGCGGUGGGGGAUGGCAACAGUACUAACAACCAGAGCCAGGCGAAUCCGACUAACAACAGUAGCAUAAGUACCCUUAAUAUACCACCUCCUCACAUUCGUCCUUCGCCCACAGCGGCUGCCAUGUUCCAGGCGCCAAAGACGCCGCAGGGCAUGAAUCCGGUGGCCGCCGCCGCGCUCUACAACUCGAUGACCGGACCCUUCUGCCUGCCACCCGAUCAGCAGCAGCAGCAGCAGGCCGCACAGCAACAGCAGCAGCAGCAACAACAGCAACAAAGCUUGCAACAGCAGCAGCAGAGCGCACAGCAGACGCAGCAGCAGCUGGAGCAGAACGAGGCACUCAGUUUGGUGGUGACGCCAAAGAAGAAGCGCCACAAGGUCACCGAUACGCGCAUCACACCUCGCACCGUCAGCCGCAUCCUGGCCCAGGAUGGAGUCGUACCGCCCAAUGGACCGCAAAACUCCACUCCCCUGCAGCAGCAACAACAGCAGCAGCAGCAGCAGCAGCCACCGUCGAAUGGAGGAGGCAACAGCAACGCCACGCCCGCCCAGAGCCCAACAGGCAGGAGUCAGAGCGGAGGAGUGGUAGGAGGAGGAGCGUAUCAUCAGCAGCCACCGCCACCACCGCCGCCCAUGAUGCCAGUGUCCUUGCCAACAUCGGUGGCCAUUCCCAAUCCCUCGCUGCACGAGUCCAAGGUCUUCUCGCCCUACAGUCCCUUCUUCAAUCCACAUGCGGGCGGGCAGCCGACAGCCGCCCAGAUGCACCAGCACCAGCACCACCACCAGCACCAGAUGAAGCUCUCCUCCAGUCCGCCCGGCAGCCUCGGAGCGCUGAUGGACUCGCGCGACUCCCCGCCGCUGCCCCAUCCGCCAUCGAUGCUGCAUCCCGCCCUCCUAGCUGCCGCCCACCAUGGCGGCUCGCCCGACUACAAGACCUGCCUGCGGGCCGUCAUGGACGCCCAGGAUCGCCAGUCCGAGUGCAACUCGGCGGACAUGUCGUUCGACGGCAUGCAGCCUACUUCUUCUACAUUGACACCGAUGCACCUGCGCAAGGCCAAACUGAUGUUCUUCUGGGUCCGCUAUCCAAGCUCCGCGGUCCUCAAGAUGUACUUCCCGGACAUCAAGUUCAACAAGAACAAUACAGCACAAUUGGUGAAAUGGUUCUCGAAUUUCCGAGAAUUCUACUACAUACAAAUGGAGAAAUAUGCACGACAAGCUGUCACCGAAGGCAUCAAGACACCCGAUGAUCUGUUGAUUGCUGGAGAUAGUGAAUUGUAUCGCGUGCUCAAUUUGCACUACAAUCGCAAUAAUCACAUUGAGGUACCCCAAAACUUCCGCUUCGUCGUUGAACAGACUCUGCGGGAGUUUUUCCGUGCAAUACAGGGUGGCAAAGACACCGAGCAGUCGUGGAAGAAGUCCAUAUACAAGAUCAUAUCUCGCAUGGACGACCCCGUGCCCGAGUACUUCAAGUCGCCAAAUUUUUUAGAACAGCUGGAAUAAGUGGAGGAGUUGGCCUUGCCAGCGCUGCCCACGCUGCCAAUGCCCCUGGCAAUGCCAAUUCAAAUGCCACCGCCCACACAUACCAAGAAUCCAGCUACUAUGACUACUACAAUAUCUACAGCUUCAACAGCCACAACAUCGAGGGCCGGCAGCAGCAAUACGAAGGCGAGGCGCAGACCAAAGCUAAAAGGCUAAAUCUGCGCAAGAAGUACCACUGGAUAUGACCACCACCAAAAAAAUAAAACUAACGAAACGAAAGAAGAAAAGAUGAGAAGAUGAAAACCAGCACAGAAUACGUUAUCAAAGAGAGAUCGCUAAAAGAGAGCAAAGAGAGAAGAUAAGCUGAGAAGUUUACACGAGUCAAAACCGCGUUUAGGCCACGAGCAAUUCCGGGGAGCAGUCUCCCGAGCCGCAAAAUAUUUUUCAAAAAAUUUCCAUGACAACUACACCAACACUGCAUACAUACAUACACACAUAUACAUACACUCAGCGAAAGAGAAGAAGAAAUAAGUAAAGAGAAAAAGGGAGAUGAAGAAAAUAAGAUGCGAGCUUCGAUCGCAUCCAAUGCUAAAACCAAAACUAAAAACUAAAAACUGAAAAAACUAAAACUAAACAUAGAGCAGCAAGUCUUAAUCUUAUGUGAAAUAGUGCAAAUUGAAACCUGAGCCACAACCACUCCGACAUACACACAUACCGUGCGCGUACUUUGUAGGCAGUGUAAACUGUUGAUCAAACCUGUACUCGUCGCCGUAGCCGUUGGUUUGUUAGAUGAAAUUUUUUUGAAAAUAUUUACAAAACAUUUUACGUAUACAGAUAUUUAACAAAUAGUUGAGCCGUCUAUUGAUCUACCGAAAGUUGACACACAAACAACAUUCCACAUACACAAGAAAAACACACACAAACAAAUCACACAUUCCACCCACAAACACACACACACACAUCGGUACAAAGUGUGUGUUCAUUUGAGAGCGAAGAGCGCUCUGCGAAAGCGGACAGCACUGCUUGGCAGACCGCUCUUCGGCAAAGCAGUUUCCCUGCAGUUGCGGCGUUCACUGCUUCGCGCACUGCUUUUUAAAAGCAGUCGCUGCACUGACGCCGAAAGUAAGGGAAUAUGAAGGAAACCCCUCCCCACCCACCCCCCACAAUUCUUAACCCUUAAGCAUAUAUUCGAUGUCUAUUAAGCGAAAACUAAACAAAAACAAAAAUUACCAAAAAA